GCUUGUAUAGAUUGCACGCAUGCGCAAUAUUAACACGUGGCUUUUAGUAGCAAUGGCGUCUGAUGUGGAUGCUAGGGGUUUAAUGUUUCCAUGUGCUUUUUCAUCAAAGAGACCUGAUUUUUUGGCUCUAUCAUCACCAGAUGGGCGUAUUCGGGUGUGGGAUAGUCACAGUGGUUCUUUACGGCAUGAAUAUGUACCGUCAGCUCAUCUGAGUGCUUCUUGUACUUGCUUGGCAUGGGGACCAAACAGAGUGGACAAGGAAGGCCCCCAAAGAAAGAAGAGGAAAUCUGAAGCAGCUGUGUCAACUGAACAGCCAGACCUUUUGGCAAUUGGUACUGCUGUUGGCAGUAUUUUGUUAUACAGUACAGUAAAAGGAGAGCUUCAAAGCAGACUGGAUGGUGGGCAUGACAGUAGAGUGAAUUGCAUACGGUGGCACCAAGACGGUACUUAUUUGUAUAGUUGUGCAGAUGACAAACACAUAGUGGAAUGGGAGACCCAAACAGGCAAAGUAAAAUGCAAGUGGAAAGGUGACAAAGGAAGCGUCUCUUGCAUUUGUACCAGUCCAGAUGGGAAAAUGCUACUUACAGCUGGCCGGACCAUCAAACUCUGGGAUUUAGAAACCAAAAACAUGUACAGGCAAUUUACAGGCCACUCGUCAGCAGUGUCUGUCUUGAUGUUUGCCACAGUUCAGCCUUCAAGCGAGAGUCAUCCGUUUGAUGGUAUCACAGGUCUCUACUUCCUUUCUGGAGCAACAGAUGAUAGACUUCUCAGUGUCUGGCAAGUGAGAGCAGAUGGAAAAGACAGAAAUGCAGUUUUGUCCUUCACUCUUCAUGAUGAGCCAGCAUAUGUUGACAUUGCUUUGUCAGAAAGUAAAGAUGAGCCUGUAAAACUUGCGGUUGUUUGCAGGAAUGGACAGUUACACCUCUUUGAGCAUAUUCUUAAUGGCUUUUGCAGGAAACCUCUUGCACCAAAUAGUACCAUUCAGAUAGCUACGUCUGGUAAAGAUGAACAGUCUGUAGCUGUACCAGUCCCAAUCCUAGCAGCUGCUUUUUGCCCUGAUGGACAGUCUCUUAUGCUUGUGUAUGGCAGCACAUUACACCCGAUUAUUGAGAGUUUGGCUUUGAACACAAACGAAAAGCAUAUUUGUUUGGUAAGAGACAUCCAGAAGAGUGUAACACUUCUAACAGAGCAAGCUGUGACAAAGAUAAGAACUCCAAUAGUGCCUUCAGGAACCAAAGUCCUAGUGCCAGGAGUUCCUGGACAUAGUGCAGCUAUUAAACCUCUUACUACAGAUAAAGGAAAACGUUCAGACAAGAGGAAAACUGAUACAGAAAAAGAGCUGAGCAUUGAAGAGAGACUGUGCGCCAUAGACCUAGAUGUUAUGAAAGUGAAGUCAAAAGGUCUUCCAAAGACGGACAGUCAUGCAGUAUUGUUAGUUCAGGGAUUGGAAAGCAAUGAUUCUGAUAUCUUGAAUAAAGUACUUCAGACUAAAAAGGAUGGACCAAUAAAGAACACUGUUUCUAGGUUACCUGUCCAUGCUGUCAUUCCAUUGCUUCAUGAGCUUACAAAAAGAAUGCUGGGACAUCCAAACAGUGCUUUACUUAUGGUUCGAUGGUUGAAGGCUGUCCUAACCUUACACUCAUCCUACUUGUCCACGUUGCCAGAUCUAAUCCCCCAGCUUGGUAUGCUGUAUCAGUUAAUGGAGAGUAGAGUGAAAACCCUUCAGAAACUCACCCGACUUCAUGGAAAGUUGUACCUCCUUAUUGCACAGGUUUCAUCUUCUGAAAAAAUGCAAAACAUGGGUGAUGCAAGUCAAACUGCAAAACUUGUUUAUGAAGAAGAAUCCUCAUCAGAAGAAGGUUCUGAAGAUAUGGUGGCUGAUGAGUCAGAUGAAAAUUGGGAAGAGGAAGAGGAGGAAGAAAAAGAGUAUGUAGAACAGUCAGAUGAGCCUGAUAUGAGUGAACAGCAAGUAAAUGGCGAUUCUGAUAUGAACUCUGACAGUGAGGAAGAAUAAGUUUGAAGGUUUUGCCAAGUACUGGAAGGAAAAAGAGCAGUUGAAGCCUAAAUUUUGGAAUGCCUUGUGGAAAUUAAUGUGAUUGUCAUAUGAUUGGGGUGCAAAGCUAAGACUGAUCAAAGAAGAGUGCAUCUGGUAGCUGUGUACUUUGAAUUCCAAAAUGUUAAUUUCCAAUGCCUUUUUCUACUUUGGACUUUAUAAAUAGAGCUUUCUUAAAAAAAAAUAUGGUUGAAAAUACAGUCCUGUUUUAUGGACUGCUGUUUAUACCUUGAGUUUAAUAUCACUGUUAAUGUGGUAGAAAAUUGAUUUAACUUUAUUAUGUGAUUUAUAAAACAAUGGAGAGUUUAUACAUUUUUUGUUGCAUCUUUCACUGACAGGUUUCUCCCUGGCUUAUUUUUUUACAUAAUUCCAAAGGUUGCAAAAUUGUUUUCGUCAUUUAGUGUGGUUGCUGGAUUGAGUUUAAUUUUGCUUUUAGGGUUGCAUUAUUUAAAGAAUUUGAGGAUAAAGGAUGAGCAUUCCCCCUCCUUGAACUAUUUUAUUCUUUGCAAGAUAAGCCAGCAUACCCAAUAGACCACUGAUAAGUCAUUAUGUUCAUUUGUAAACCCUGUCAUGUUUUAAAACCUCAAAUAUAAAUCUGUAAAUAAUUGUUAUAGUGAUAUCCAGGGACCUGUGUUCAGGAUUGUAAAAACUGUAACAUUACAUCUUGAUCUUGGUGAGGGAUUUAUUUUGUAAUCCUUCAUAAGGAGUACAAGGAGUAACUGCUUCAGAAACUAAUGUAAUGUAAAAUGUACAAACUUUUUUAAACAUGCUAUCUCUGUAGACAUGCAACAGUUACAGAUGUAUUGUACAGUAUAUUUGUCUAUAAUUUGAGCUAUGGCAAGUACAUGCUGCUCUUUGUAAAGCAAAUAAAUAUAAUAAUUCUUUA